AUGGGGUAAUGUUCUUGUCAAGAAUCAAUUCCUAUCACAAAUGAGGUUUCUCCAAUAAAUUUAUUUCAGAAACCCAUAAUCAUUACAGAAGAAUAGGUUAAUGUAAAUUAGGCUACACAUUCUUUAGAAGUGGAUAAAGCAUUUUCUCAAGCAAAAACUAAAUAAAUGGAAGAUUCAGAGGAGUUAGAAUUACAUAGACCAAAUAAGGCAGAAGCUUGGGAGACAUCUAAGUUGUUUGAAACUAUUUCUGAAAAAGUUAAAGUAAAAUACAAGUUUAAACAUUCUAGGAAUUAUAGAAUAUAUUACCACCUUUAGAUCUAGAAGAAAGAGAAGGAUAUUUUUAUGGAGUUUAUGAAUUAAAAAAUGGAUCCUUAUAUCAAGGUACUUGGAUAGAAGGUUUAAGAGAAGGAAAAGGUAAUCAUAUCAAAUAUGUUUAGGAGCAUAGAUAAUGAAGAAUGGAGCAUUAUAUGAAGGCUAUUUUGUUAAAGGAAAAUCUAAAGGUUAAGGAAGAAUGAUAUAUCCAGAUGGAGAUUAUUAUAUUGGUGAAUGGUUGGACGAUUAACGUAUUAAGUUUUCAUAAUUUUAGUUCAUGGAUAUGGUGAGUACUAUCAUGCAGAUGGAACUAAAUAUAAAGGAAAUUGGGAAUUCGAUAAAUAGCAUGGAUAUGGAGAGGAAUAUUUUAAAGAUUCUUCAAUUUUUAAAGGAUAAUUUUAAAAAGGUAAAAAAUUUGGAGAAGGACUUUUUAUAUUUCCUGAUGGAUCUCAGUAUGAAGGCUAAUUUUAAAGUAAUUAUUUUUCAGGGAAGGGGUACUAUUACAUCAAUAUAUUGUAUCUAGUAAAUAUACUUGGCCUAACAAAAAAUAAUAUAUUGGUUAAUGGGAAUAGAGUAAAAUGAAUGGAUAAGGUAUAAUGAUUUGGUAAGAUGGAACUCGAUAUGAAGGAUCUUAUUUAGAGGAUAAAAAACAUGGAUUUGGAACUAUAACAUGGCGUAAUUUUAUGAUCAUUUUAUUAGCUGAUUCUCGAUGCUAUUCAGGUUAGUGGUUAAAUGGGAAAAUGCAUGGAAUAGGAGAAUAUACUAGUUCGACUGGAUAAGCAAGGAAAGGAGAAUGGCUUAAUGGCAAAAGAGUCAAAUGGAUUUGA